AUGGAAGCUGAACGUGAAACUGUUGACGCCAGAACACAUCAAAGAAUUCAAAACGGACUGCACCGGUUGGAGAACUGUGAAACUCCUCUUUCGGUCUCCAGCAGACAGGGGGGAAAUAGUCAAGGGGAAAAUCAAGUGGCAAGAGAGAGACAGGGAAACCUGUCCAAACUCCAGAAAGGCAUGCAGAACCUGCAGACUAUGUGGGUUGAUGUCAUGGAGGAUCUCCAGGAGGUAAAGAGCCAGCAAGCCUUGCUCUUUGCCUCAAAAGUCUCCAAGAUAAUCUUCUGGUCCCAGGACUGCGCCAUGCAGCAGGAUGAGAUGUGCUCACAUUUCUUCUUCCUGAAGGUACACAGGGAGAGUUCUGUGAUCAGCAGUCUGAAAGAAGAAGAUAGCUCGGUUAGCUACUCAGCUUCAGCUAAAAUCCUCAGUGACAAGGCUCGAUUUCCUGCUUUUUUACGAACAAUUCCAAGUGAUGAGUAUCAAACCAAAGGCAUGGUUAAACUGGUUCAAAUGUUCCAGUGGAACUGGGUUGGAACUAUUGCAAGUGAUGACGAAUACAGCCGUUCUGGGAUAAAUAACUUCAUUAUGCAAGCAGAGCAAGCGGGUAUAUGCAUUGCUUUUCAAGAAGUUAUUCCAUUUUAUUCAUCAAAUCACAUAACUAAUUCCAGAAUAAAAGAAAUAGCAAACAUUAUCAUCAACCAAACAAAAGUGAACGUCAUUGUUAUUUUUGGAAAAAGCUCUCAUGUCACCCAACUGUUUACGGUGUUAAGUACGCAGAACAUAAGCAAAGUAUGGAUUGCCAGUGACAGUUGGUCAACCAACAGUAACAUUACUCGUUUGGAGAACAUUCAAAAUCUUGGGAAUAUUGUUGGAUUUACAUUUAAGAGUGGAAACAUUUCCGAGUUUCAAAAUUAUGUAAAAAAUUUACCACAUAAUUCUGAAAGUCCAAACACAUUUUUAGCAGAGUAUUACAGCCUUCGUAAACUUUGUGCGCACGUACAAGACAAUGACUUAGAUUCAUGUCUUUCAAACCAUACACGUCAUGCAAUGGAUAAUAGACUGAAUAUCGUCAACAAUUCCACGAAGAUGCAAUACCAGGAGGAUGAUUUUCUGGUGAAUCAUAUUGACCCGGGUGUUACUUCCAACAUACAGUGGUCAGUGACUGCUCUUGCACACGCUCUUAAAAAUCUACUAAAAUGUAAUGAAGGAAUUUGCUGGAAAUCAUUCAACUUUGCACCUUGGGAGUUGUUGGAACAUGUGAAGAAAGUAAACAUGACUGAUGGAGGAACAAAGAUUCAAUUUGAUCUUUCCGGCGAUUUUAUGUCUGGAUAUGAUAUUGUGAUGUGGAACUUUUUGGAAGGCAAAGUGGAGAUCAAUCAGAAAGUUGCUGAAUAUGAUAUAGAACAGAAUAAAAUUACAGUGAGAGAUUCAAGGUUGAAUCAAUUAAAGGUUGUGAUGUCUAACUGCUCAAACCAUUGCCAACCAGGACAAAUAAAAUUGUCAUCUGAAAGCCAACAUACAUGUUGCUAUGAUUGUAUAAACUGCACCUUCAACACAUACUCCAAAACAAAAGAUGCACUGCAAUGUAACUCUUGUUUACCUGAUGAGUGGGCACCAAGUGGAAGUGCAGAUUGCUACAAAAAACGCAUUAUAUUUCUUGACUGGAACAAUGGAUUUUCUAUUGUACUGUUAACUCUUGCAGCCUUUGGAAUUGUUUUAAUCAUUAUAAUAGUCUCCAUCUUUUUCAAGAAUGUCAGAACACCAGUUGUUAAGUCCAAUGGUGGUACCUUAAGCUUCAUUAUGCUCAUCUCUUUGAUGUUCAGUUUUUUAAGUGUUGGUUUUUUCAUUGGAAAACCAAAUGACAUUACUUGCAAUAUCAGGCAGUGCUUAUUUGGCAUCAGCUUUACUCUUUCUGUUUCAUGUGCUCUGGCAAAAUCAUUGAAAAUACUACUAGCAUUCAACUUUAACCCAGCUAAUCAACAUAUUUUGAAGAACUUUUACUAUUCUGGGCUCAUUACAAGUUUCUGUACUGGAUUUCAGGUUAUCAUUUGUACAAUGUGGUUGGUGUUCUAUGGCCCAAAAGUGCUCAAAGAUGACACCAGAUUGCAAAGGGAAAUUUUGGUGGAAUGUAACGAGGGCUCUUAUGUGGCAUUUGCUGUUAUGUUGGGAUACAUAGCAUUCCUUGCACUGAUAUGUUUUAGUUUUGCCUUUAAAGGUAGAAAGUUGCCAGAAAACUACAAUGAAGCUAAGUUUAUUACAUUUAGCAUGUUGAUCUACUUUAUUUCUUGGAUUACUUUUGUACCUGUCUAUGUAACCACUCAUGGCAUGUAUCUCCCAGCAGUGGAAGUAGUUACAAUUUUAUCUUCAACCUACGGCAUAUUAUGCUGUCAGUUUUUUCCGAAGUGUUACAUUAUUCUAUUUAAGAAAGAAUGCAACACUACCACCUCAUUUUUGCAAAAUUUGUACGACUAUUCACUGAAAAGCACAAACCUUAUAACAAACAGUCAACAUUCACUGAACUAUUCAGCAUGUAACAAAUCCAUCAAAAGUAACGACAGUCAAAACAUAUUUAGCACGGCUUCUACUUCUGCUGCACAAAGCAACGGAUUCAUUUGUGUUUCAAGGAAGAGAAGUUCUAGUUGGUAAAUGUUGAAUUGCAAAAAUUGCCUAAAGAUGAUUUGCACACAAAUUAAUCACUUCACAUUGAAGCUGUUUUAUGGUUGGUUCAAUCCUGCCCCCGUAGCAUCAUUCACUUUGUCAUUUUUGGGCCUUGGUUGCCAAACACAAUCGCUCAUUGCGACAAAAAAAUUGCAAUUUUAUGAUAGGUCGGAGACUGAUUUCCCACGUUGCAAAUGUAACACAUCCAUUCCAGAUAGUGGGCAUUAUUAAUUUACAGAAGCAAAGUUACUUCUUACCUCAUGCUUGUCCUUCCUGAUGAGGAAGUAAUUCAUAUAAUUAAUGAUCAUGGCUAGAGAAGGAAUGUUUGUGAUUUGUAUGAUGUUUGCUACCUUUUUGAACAUUAAGUUUAAAAGAUGAAGGUUAUUUGAAGGUAAAGUUUCUAAAUAUUGAGGCCCUACUAGAUAUAAGAGGAAGCAUAUAAUGUCAUAUUUUACUAUGCACAUUUUCUAAUAUAUUUUAUGUCUUAUCCAAUGUGAAACAAUAACUAAGGGACUCUUUCUAUGGGAAGUCAUAGAAACAUAAGUAAUAUUUUUAAAUUAAUGUCUCUUAUUCUUAAUUUUCCCUUUCUUAUACCAUCAUUUGCACACCAUCACCAAGCAAUUUGCAGUAAUAUAAGAGAGCGCGAAAGCAUCCUUUCAGGGACAUCAAGGAUGUUAGACAUCACUCCAAAAUGAAGAAUAUAAAACAAGGUGUUGCCUCACAUCAUAUAUCCACCUAGUUUAUAACUUGGGAGGUGCUUGCUGGCCUGUUUUCAUACCUUUCACAAAGUUUCACUUCUGGAUGAUGUGAACAACAAUGGGGAAGACCAGCUGUUGCUUCUCCAUGUUGACAUAUCUGUCUGAAAGUGUGAGAUGAUGAACUUAUUCUGUAUAGAAAGCUUGUAGAUGAUCUUGAAGUACGUUAAACUGUCCACCAGGUUGAUCAACAACUUGUAGUUUGGUGACUAUACGUCAGAGAAAGAAAUUUCCCAUUGUAAAACCUCUGGCAAUGGUGCAAAAAUACAUGGGGUUGAAUAGGCCAGCAAGUUAAAACAGGAAAGGGAUGAGUUGCCCAUUACAACUAUUCAGAUCAAAACUACUUUUAAGUUAAAUACUAUGGCUUCUGAAAUGUGUACAAUUAUUGAGUAUAUCAUUUGUUAAUGUCGCGGAUAUUUUGUGCAAUUGCACUGUAUGGCCAUUAAUAUUGGCCAACAAAAUAGGCAAGACUAAUGUAAAUGUAGAAAACAGAAAAGUCCUAAUAUUCUAAAUUAUAUUGAUACAUCUCAAGUCUAGCCUCUAGCAACUGGGAAUCAUGUUCAUGUUAAGUAGCUGAAUUAUUGCUUUCACAGUUGUGUAUAUUAUGCUCUAUUUUUGUUAAUAUAUUUUAAUUUUAACUUUUAAA